CUCCAGUAGACCCUCUUCAUCCCAUCCCUUUCAACUCCCUCAGCAACUCAAAUAUCUCUACCCUCCCUCCCGCAGGCUUGCCAAAGCCUGGUGCUCCACACACCACCAAGAAGAGCCAAGACUCCAUCUUCUCAUUAGAAGAGCCAAAGGCUGGAGCAUGCUCUAUGGCUACCUCCGCCCAACAAGCCUUUGACACACCUCCAUCCCCCUCCUCCUCCUCCUCUUGCUCCUCUGUUGUAACCAAGGAUGAAGCCUCCCAGAGCCACCUCCCAUUCAAUGAGAAUGACUCCCAGGAUAUGGUCAUCUUCGAGGUUCUUCGAGAGGCCUCGGCGAUGACCGCCGUCGCUGCACCGGCCCCUGCUGCUGUGGCGGGCGAUGCGGGAUUCAUUCGGAAGUGCGUCGAGCCGACCGGGCACGUCGGGAAGAAGCACUACCGGGGAGUGAGGCGGCGGCCAUGGGGGAAAUUCGCGGCGGAGAUUCGCGACUCUUCGCGGCAUGGAGCUCGCCUGUGGCUCGGGACAUUCGACACGGCUGAAGAGGCUGCCAUGGCGUACGACCGCGCCGCUUUUCGGAUGCGGGGUGCCAAGGCGCUGCUGAAUUUCCCGCCGGGAGUUGUGAUAGGCGGCGGCGGCGGCGGGUCGGCGGCAGGCAGGGGCGGCGGGGUGGUGGAGCUUGAGGACUUGGGGGCUGAUUACUUGGAGAGAUUGCUUCGGGCCUCUGAAGCGGGUGACGGUGCAAAGAGGUUUCCGGUCGGCAAUUAGAUGUUCCCUUUUUUUUUGGUUUAAGUGGGGUGCAAUUAAACGUUGUCUUUUUUUUGGUAGGAGCAAUUAAACGUUGUUUGAUGUCACAAUGAGGCUUGAUGGUGAGAAAAUUUAUGAUUAUGUGGGGAAUAAUAAAUUUUGGUGCAUACGAUAGAAAUAGGAGGAAGAAUUUGUCAGCUUGGGACUAGGGAGAUGAGAGACGUUGGCCAAAUCAGGAUGGACACAAGUUCUUGUGAGCUUUCCAAUAGAAAAUGUUGUUUUCGAGGGAGUGAUUCAGAUGGAUAUGGUUUUGAUUGUUGACAGGGUAGUCUUGGCUCCUGAGGAAGUUCUGUUGGGCUUUAGGCAGUGAUGAGAGAGCAAGGCUUUCGAUCCGGAUGCCAGAAGCUUUUUAUGCUGCCUACUCUGCUUCUUACUUCCGUUGGAAUUCACCAAACUAGUAAAUUAUGUUAGUCAAUUUGUAAGUUUUUUUUUUUUUUUAAAUGUAGUUAGGUAAUCCUUUCUCUUUUAUAUCUUCUCUGUUUUUCUAAUGGUUCUAGUUAUAUUCAUGACAACCAAGCAUAUUCUUGGGUA